UGUACUUGAGUUCAGUCUGAUAAGAACCACCAGAGAGACGCUUUUCUCGCUCGCGCAGCACUGAUAACGCGCCACAGAUAUCAAGCCGGGAGUUGAAGCGAAAUUACACAAUUCCUCGCGGACCUUGCAGCUGGACGGAGCUCUCCUUCAAGAAGAGAAAAAGGGAAAGUUUGUCCUUUUUUCCUUGAUUUUUUUGUGUGAAAGUUCUUCUAAAGUUCUCUGAAAGAAAAGCUCUUGGAAGUUUAAACGAAGUUUUCAAAAAUUUAACGAUAUUUUAACCUAAAAAUUAAGUGGAAGAGUUUGAAAAGAAGAAAGUGUUGAGUUUUUAAAGCAAAAAGUAAAUUUGAUUAAAUUAGUGCACAAGGAAGCUAAAAAGAGGAAAAGAAAAAAAUAUCAUGGAGGUUAUCAGUGCGGUGUGAUUAAUUUUUAUAUUUAUACGAGCAAUAUGGGGCGAUAAAAAUCUGUCUACUACCAAUUUUAUCAACAUUGUUUGGAAGACAUUAGUUCAGUCUUUGAACGGAUUAAGCUCAAGGACAGGACGUUUUGCUUCUCCGCGCUGUUCUUGGCGGUUACGACUAGUUUCUAUUAAUCAUCUAUUUGAAGUACAAACUCUACAUACAUAUAAAGUAUAAAGCUUUCUGUCAACGCGAAGCUUCCAGACAAAGAGCCACGCUUUGAGAAUUUUUUUCCCGGUAGACAUCUUGUCCGACAUUUUUAUUUUUGAAAUUUAGGCUUCCAUUUCGCAAGAAAAAUGGUGAGUUGACUGUUUUAUUACAAAAUUUUGUAAAUGUAAAAAAAACGAAAAUAACGUGUGAAUGUGCUGAUAAAUGAUGAAAUUGGGUGAGAUUCAGUGAGAUAUGUGUUGUUGUGUAUGAUAUAAGAAGCUGAGAGAGAGGCAGAGAGUGAAAGUUCUUUGCACCCCAAUGUGUGAGGAUGUUGUGUAUGAAUCAGCGCGCGGGGAAAUUGCUUAACAACAGCAUGAUUUAUUUAACUAUGCCGCUCAUCCGUUUGUAUGCGUGUUUGUCCUCGAGAAUGUUGAUCAAUUUGUUUACAACUUUCUUCACCCACUUCUUAUUGGGUGAUAACGCAAACAUUCCCUCUGCUGUUGCACACUCCUCCCAAGAUGAUGCACCAUCACAACUUGCUGCCAUAAACUCAUCAUUGCAAGUUCAUCGAAUCCCUUAUCGUGGAGACAAACACACAGCGCGGACAAUGCUUCUGCAAACAAUGACGUCAAUGCGUCCUUUUUGCUUAACUAAAAUUCAUUUCUUUCCAACAUGGCGGACAAAUCCAGCGAUUUGUGGUGAAUUGGAUUUUUAGUCAGCUCUACUUUGUUUUACUUGCCGGUGCACCAAAAAAAACAAAGCAAUUUUUGAUAAGCUCUAUCAGUCUUCAACUGUCUGCCAUGUUUGAUCUAAAAAAGACCUUAGUUAGCGAAGAAAAAACAAUAUAGUUACGCACGCAGAGAGACAAUUUGUGAGAGAUAAAAAGAUUGGACGGGAAGAUUUACAACAAUGAGGUUAAUUCUAAUUUAAGAAAAGACAAGAUAUCACUUUCAUAAUAUUCUGUUGUUGCUGAUACUCUGGGGAUUUUGUUAUGAAAUUUUUGUGAGUUUAAGCCGUUUAAGCUCUGUUUGUGGGAAAAUUCAGGAUUUAUAAUCUUUUUGUAAUGAGAUUGAAUUAAAUUAAAGAUUAAUGAUCUUCAAACUAAAAAAAACUGCUUAGAAAGACUGUUGAUUUAAAAAAAAAAUUAACGAAUAAAAACGAUCAAUUUAAUUGAGGUUAUGUACCAAAGUCCGCGCAAGUUUUGUAAACCAAUUGCAAACUUUGCACAUUAUUUUCUCAGAAACAAUCACAAUUUAUGCAACAUCAUUGCUCAUGAGAUAUAGCUGUGUGGUGAGCAAACAUAAAAACCGGAUCUUUUAUGAGUUUUAAUCACAAAAUUAGUCAAAAUACAAAUAAGUAGAUAAAAGUUGGCAGUUUUCUUCGUAUAAUCUUAUUGUAAAUAGAAAGUUAAUUAAUAUUCGGAAUUAAGUGUAAUUUUUGACUAAUUAAGAAUUUAAAUACAAUUUAACAAAAGCUAAGUCCAUCAGCUCCUUCAGAAGUAAAUAAACCUGAGUUAGAAGCAAAGGCGUGAUCAAAAUUUACACAUUAGAAUUUUUUUCUUAACGUAAAGUUCUUCUUUUUCAAUGAUAAAUUUUAAAUUCAUUAAAAUUAUGGAAUUACAUGCAUUAAGAAAUUGAAAACAUUUUUAUAGGGAUAAAAGGGUAAUAAUUCUUAUUUUUGCUUAAUAAUUUUUAGACACUAGAUGGUGCUAGUUGUUAAGAUUGACUGUGAACAAUACAACGCAGUGGCUUGUCUGCUGUGUAACUUGCUUAAGCAAUUCAGAAUAAAUAAAUAAAUUUAUAAAUGCGAAAAGAGAAGAUUUAAUGCUAAGAACUGGCUAGGGAAGUUAAUUGAGAAGAUUCUAGCCGUUAAUGAUUCUUCUCAUAGAUGGCGCUAGUUGAUAAGAUUAACCUUUUCUUUGUUCAAAAUUGAUCUUUCUAUAAUAAGCUUUCCUUGGAAACCAAGACAAUUUUUGCACAAAAAAUUUCAAAUAGAAAGUUCUUGAGGGUUUGAAACUAUUCAACUCAACCGACAAAUGGUUAAAAUUUUGUUCAAUUUAGUGGCAUUUUGUGGCGGAACUCGAGGAAGAAAUGAAUAUUUCUUCGAUUAAUUUAAUUGUUGCAUCAUAAAACUCAAACACACUGAUCAUUUUAAUUUCUGGUGAGUUCAUCGAUUCCGUCAACAAAAAUGACUCCAUUUAUUUGUUUGUUAUUCAAUGUAACUUUUGGGGGAAAACUAUACAUAUUCUGGAUCACUUUUAUGACGCAUUUAAUGUGAUUCAGUUCGUCAAUCUCAAUUUUUCCGUCAUCUCUCUCUUCUAGACGUCUUAAGAAAAUUUGAAUAAGAAACUUCUGAAAGAAAAAUUUAUUUCUGCAUAAAUUUCCUUUGCGAGAUAUUUCCCAAACGCAAAACCAGUUAUAAAACGAAUGAAUUGCGAACUUUAAAUUCAAUUCUGGGCUCUAUUUAAAUUUUAAUCAUCAAUAAAUCAAUGAUUUUUUGUUCACAUUUUGAAUAGUUUUGUGAUCUGUAUCACUGUUAAGAGAAGGAAAAAAUUAAGAAGCUAUUCAUGAUUUUUUCUUUGAUUCUUUGACGAUUUUCGUGGCGCGAAAAGGUUGAUCUUUGAACCUCUUCGUGUGAUUAUUUAAAUUUGUUUUAUCUUAAAACUAGAGGGUUCUUUUUUGAGAACAAUCAGAUAAGAGCACGGCGUGUAGUAAUUUAUUGGCAUUCCACUUGAUUGUGAAGAUUAAGAGCAAAUGAGCUGACUGUGGGGGGAAAUUGCAAAAAGGAGUGUAUGCAUUGUAAAUUUAUUUUUGACUGAUAACGCAACUUCGGUGCGAGGUGAUAAAGUGCGAAUUGAUGUCAUAUUGUCUGCGAGACAAAAUGGGAAUAUUCCGCUUAAAACACUUCUUAAUCAUCGCGACGCGUUUUUUCUUCCCCCUUAAACACAAUAAAAGGAAAAAUUUCCGUAAGAGAAAAGGUCUUUGUCUCUUUGAAGAUAAAUAUUUAAAGUACAGAAGGAAAGGAAAUUAAAUAAAAAUGACUCAAACAAUCCUCCAGAAGGAUUAAUAAUCUCUCACAGAAGCUCUGAAGCUCUGUUCUAGUAUUUUCUCAGUGUAAAUUUCUUGAGAAAGAAGAGAGAAAAAUAACAUUUUGUAUUUUCAAAUGCUCCAUGAUAAGGAAUAUGUACGUUACUUCAUUUGAUAAAGUUUUCCAGAGUUUUCGAAGAACUUUGUGCGAUUGUACCGAAAAAGCUCGCUAGAAGGUUCAGGUUCAAUUUGGUUUGCUUUUCACCCCAACCAGAUAUUUUCCGAACCAACUGGAAAAAUUAUUGCGAUUUUGCACUCGGCGCUGUCUUAACAAUGUUUCAGAAGAGCUAUCGUGAAUCACCUUUGCACACAGCAUGAACAUUUUGAUAACAUUAUUUUAGCACUUCAUGGACCUCUUAAAGGUUAAACUUUUUAUUAUAUUUUACAUGAGAAAAAAAUCCAGAGUGAUUCGGAAAAAUAUUUUUCUCAACAUCUGAAUCAACUCAAUGUGAAGAAAACACGGAGAAAUAAUGAAGAAUUUAUCGCAGAACAUUGAGAUGGUUUACGUGAAAAUUCUAAAGAAAUCUUCACUGAAUGUUAAAGAAUUUUUGAGUUUUAGUGCUUCAAAACUAUGUGAAGGAAAAGGAGUUUAUUCACAGUUGUCUGUGCGAAAUUUUGGCUUGAAAAUUAGGCAUCAUAAUAUUAUUUAAGUCUCUGCGUUAUUUUUUUUUUUUUUAAUUAAGAGAAUAAUUUUUUUAUUAGAAAGAAAAUUGAAAAAAUAGGGUCCUAAAUGAAAAAUCUCAAAAUAUGUUUUUAAGCACUGAAAAAUUAUUUAACUAACAAUUAUUUAAGCCUCAAAAAUGAUAAAAUUUUCCAGAUUUUCUUAGAAUAUUUUUCAAAAAGAACUAAUCUCAUUUUUCAUUAUUUUCUCAUUUUUCUUAUUAAAUGAAAAUUCACAAAUUAUGUACAAACAUAGCACAGCGCCAUCUCAUGUCCCCUGACAUUAAGCAGAAAAUUCAAAAAAAGCUCCAACUAAUGAAUGAAAGCACAAUGUUAAUUAGUUAAUUUUCUUUGAUGUUUUCCCCACAUUUCCUCAUUUAUUUAAAUCUUCCCAUGAACCUGGAUGUUCGAUGGUAAUAUGAUAAACAAACUACAAUCCACGUGCUUCAGUUUUAACUUCUUCUCAACAUGAAAAUGAGAAGAAAAAAAAUCGUGAAGAUGAGGGAGGAUGAGGGUCGUUAUGUAAACUAUAUUUCAAAGAAAUAUAUACCUACAGCAUAAAAUGUAUGAAAAUAUAUAUAGCACGCGUGUAGCUGUUUCUCCGCGGUAUCGUGUUGUCUGUGGGCAAUAAAAGAGCCGUUUUCUUGGUGUGUUACCUUAUACAUAAGUGAUGUGAAAAUGUAUAUAAAAAUAUACUUCAAGUACUUUAAAUGUCUGAAAUCAAGCGAGUCAAUGUCACUUACAGCAUAAAGUAAUCAAUACGUGUGAGCGAAUUCUUGAGACUCUCGGAAGUAAUUUAACAGAGAGGAAUCAAUUGACUUUUACAAGAUUGAUAAUUAGCAGCUGUUUCCUUUUUUUUCUCUUACAAACUAAAACUAAUACAGAAGCUUUUAACUAUGUAUAAUAGCCCACAUGGGGCAAUUUUAAGUGAUUCUUUGUUAAAUUUGCUCUUUAAUAUUGCGGAAUUUGGAGUAGAGCACUUGUUGGUAUGAAACAGAAUUCCCGCCAAAAGAGAUUGACAAAGAGGUAGAAUGAGAAAAAAUAGUUUUAUAUGGAUUACAUAGGGAAUGAUUGUGGUAAGCUUCACUUACGGGGUUUGUGAGUAUUUUUCUGUUCUUUCAGAAGCUUCAAGAUUAAUAGAGAUUGCAAAGAACCAGAAGAAACAUAAGAAACACAAGAAGUAUGUAGGUAAAUUGUAAAAAUAAUGAAUAAAUUAGUGGAAUAAUCAACCUAAUUAGAGCAUCAGAAAAAUCCCUCAAGUAUUUUACAUUAAAUCCCCCAAUAAGCCAAGUUUCAGCCCAAUCCCACAUUCAUGAGCUUUUAAGCUCUCUACAUAAGCUGCCCCCUCUCAAUUUAAUGAAUGAAACAUAUAUACCGCUAAAACGAUAAAGUUCAGGGACUCUCAAUCAAUUAAUUCAAAUUUUAUUCACUCUCAGCCAUCAAUGUGUGAGAGAUUUUUUGAAGAGACGAAGCAGCGGCAAAAAAAAGAAGAAUUAGACACAAAAUACUUCACAAUUUCCUCGUGUCGAGACAAAUGGGCACCGCAUGUGCAAAAAGAAAGACCAAAGAAAAGUCCCUGAAGAAAGUCAGAGCGCAGCAGCAAGCAAAAGUUCCAAUGACGAAUGCACUUCCGGUGCUGCAGCGAUGACCCAACUUGAUGGGAAAUUGCUCAGCGCAGGAAGCAUGAUAAAUGAUCUCAACUCUCCUCCAUGCUAUUUACUUUCAUUACAAAAAAAAGUAAGUUCAUUAAUAAAAAAAGAGAUCGCCGCAAGAUCGCGAGUAAGAAUGAAAGAAAAAAAACCGGCAGCCUCAGGAAAUUAAACAAAGACUUUGUUGGGAAUUUUUUUGCGGUAAGAAAAUUGACGUCAAAUGUGCAAGAAAAUCAGCAAAUAUCGCAAAAUAAUUCCUAUUUAUUCAGCAGAAUUUUUCAACAGUACAUUUGACUCCAAGUUCGAUUGCGUGUGCUCAUUUGUCCACCUCUGCGGCUUUGAGAAAAUUAUCUAAUCGCUCUUUUUGACAAUAAUUUGACGAUUGAAUUAAUUAAAUGACACAUGAAUACCUUUUUUAUUGCGGAGAGAAAAGAAAAGUGAGAUUGUUGUAUCAAAUUUGGCAAUCUUGCUACUUUUUUUACGAGAGAGAAAGAAAAAGAAUAUUUAAAUGGUCAAACGCAGACGGAGAUCGUUGACUCUACGAUCUAUAGAAAAUUAUUGUAGAAUUUUUAUAAUUAGGACAAGAGAUGGCGCUGUUUAAUAUUUGUUUAAUAUAUUGUAAAAGUUUGUUAAGUAAAGCACUUGAUUUGGAAACUUUAAAAGUAGCUUAAAAUGCGUUUUUUUUAAUCAAAGAUUUGUCUUUAAAUUAUUUUAAUAAAUUGUCUGUGUUGCUUCGAGUUUUGCUAUUUCGUUCAUCAGGUAUUAGUUCUUAAUAAAAAAAAUCUUAAUUAAUUUUCAAUGAAAGAUUUUUGUGUGUUUUUGACCACAAUUUCAUACUCUUUUAUUCUAUAAUGAACAAUCAGCGCCAAUUCAGUUCUAAAGCUCUUUACAAGAAUGAAAACUAAGCUUAAAAAUUAAAGAAAAAGAUAAUUCAUCAUUCAUUCUUAAUCUUAAAAUUUUGCAUAUUACCGCCAUCUAACAACAGAAACAUCAAAUCUAAAUUCUUUACUAUUUCAAUGUAAUAAACAAUGAAUCUUCAUUAGGAAGUUUUCUUCAUAACAAGAACGUUUUAUCUUACGAAAUUUCAAACGAAUUUUUCUCAGACAAUAAUAAACAAUUUAAAUUUCUCUCCAUGUUUUUUCCCAUAAGGAAAUAUGUGAGUCACAUUUGCGCUCUAAUGAGAGUAUUUUACCACCAUUUAGUGCUGAAGGAGAUGAAAAAAAAAAGAGAAUCAAGGCAAAAAAAAUUGUAUCAUCCCAUGUGAUGAAGUGAAGAUGAUGGGUUCUGCUUAUUGCAUGAUUAAUUGGCUUAUUAGCCCACAAGAACAUCAUUUACGCUUACGCGUGAUUUCUGGUGCUAAAAUGCAUGACGCAAAUUGGCUGGAUUUUUUUUUGUGUGCACUCAUUCAAGAAGACUAAUUAGGCGAAUUGAGGAAAAUUUUUAUACUCACAAAGCAAGAAAGGAAAGUUCAAAAUGCUGCGCUUGGGCUUCUUGGUAGCGAUGUGAGAUACAUAUGUGAGUAGGGCACGUUGAGGGGUAUUCACCGGCAGGUGGAUUAGUAAGACGUAAAAGUUUUUAAGCCUUGGAGGAUUUUGCUGGCCAAAAUGGCCAAAUCGACUUUUUUCGAUCGCCUCAGAAUGAAAAUCUAUUUAACAUUUCGUGAUAAAUUCUAUGUCUGUGUAUAGGAAAGUUUCAUUACUUCAAUAUCGUCGAAAGAGAACUUGGAAAAAUAUUUUCUCUUGAGGUAGCAUGAAGGUCAAACUUUUGAGGUUAGAAACCUCGAUCCUCCAAGUGUUAAGGAGAUUUAAAAUAUUUCUGUUAACUAAAAAUGAUCACGUUUUUUUUUUUAAACAAAAAGACUCGUUUAUUUAAAAACUCUUCCCCUGUUCUAGAUUAAAAUUGAUAUCUUUUAAAUUAUUGAGGUUAGAAAUCAUUUACUCCGCUUACGUUUACUCCACAAUUCCAUUACUUAUGUCUUUGUCUUACAUUCUUAUGUAAGUUCUGCUAAUGAAAAGUCUUUAACAGGCGCUAAAUUAAUUAUUUUUUCUAUCUACUCGUUUUCUUGCAUCCCUAUUUUUUUAUAUUGGAAUUGUUUUAGUAAAUGAGGUAAUUGUGAGUAACCCUAAUAAAAAUUUCGACCAUGAAGCGACUCCGCUAAAAAAUUCUAUUGUCCCCUCUUUUUUCUUGUCUUAUAGUAAACUCUUCAAGUAAGGAAUCGCUUUGUUUGUAAAUAAAGUCAAAUAAUGUUUAUUUAGACGUCUUAUCACGUACUUUUUUUUUGCCCACACAAAAACCGCGAGGAAAUUUUUCUCUUCUUUUUUUUCCACACACAACUUGGAAGAAAACUUCUUCAUAAUUUUUCCCUCCAGCACUUUGUCAAUUGCAGCUCGGAGGGAAAGUUUGUGGUUUUGAGGGGAUUAUUUUUUUUUAUUUAGUUAAAUUUGUCGUGAAAAGUGCAUUUUAGUGGCGGUUUGAAUUUUUUUUCGGCGCACUACUGGAAAUUUUUCUUGAUACUAUAUACAAUUUAGCAUAAAGCUGUGUGUGUUGACGAUCUUGAGGAGAUUUUGUGUAUAAAGCACACGCGGUGCUCGCACAUACAGCGUCGAGUCAAUAAAAAAGGCAUAUAUAUGCCCAAAGAGACGUCAGACUCCGAGCCUGUGAUUCUAUAUAAAAGAUCCGAUCGACUCGGUGGCAGUAAUCAGUAACACGUUACCUUUUGUCUCGAGAACCAAACUCCUCCGUCUCUCGAGAGAGAGCUCUUUGGCUUUAAUUCUUUCUUAUUAAAAAAAAAUCUGUGAUAAAGUUUUUGUGUUUUAGAACACUUACAAGAAACUCUUCAAAAGCUUUUUGAGAUCCUUUUGUAUAUAGCAAAAGAAAAAAAAGCUCCACACGAGGAGCUUUUUUGCACGUUGAGACAUUUUUUUCGAAAGAAGAAGAAAAACAAAUCAACAUUCAAUGUGCGAAUCGUGCAAAGUGAUUGUGGCGGGAAUUUUCACGAAAAACGUGCUGUUUGUGAAGCAUUGAAGGAGGUAGAAAUAAAAAAAACGAUCGGACACAUCUCUUGGAAGCAUCCCAAGUUGUUAUAAUCUCCUGCAAUCUCGCGUUGUUUAUUUUGCAUUGUGCCGUGAACAUACAAAGUGUGUGAAGUCUCGCGCUGUGAAAAUUCUAUUUACAAUAAAAAAUCACAAAGUCGUGAUUUUUGCAACUUUUUUUGCAAUUCUUUUUGCGAUAUUAAUUCUUGCAAAUUAGACAGUAAUUUUCUCGAAGUAAAUAGCAAUCAAAGUGAAGAGUGUGUGCAAAAAAAAAGGUGGCUAAUCAUCUCACAAAUUACCACUCAGGUGCGAGAGACAAAUUAAGUGUUGAAGAGACUUUUAAUAAUUUAAAAUUAUUACUCGUGAGACGAGAAAAUUGGCCACACAGAUCGCACGAGUGCAAACGAUGGAGACAUUGGUGAGGAAAACUCACCAUCAGCGACAACCUUCGCUGGGGAAAUCAAUGCCAAUGUCAUCGUUGAUCAUUGAUCUCAAUGGAAAUAAAAAUAUCACCAUCGCACAAGAUGGACGAUCACCCGAUCAUGACACAACCACGAUCCUCUUCCCAGUGCCUGAGGAGCCAACGACGGAGUGCGAGAGUGUAGCACUGAGGAUGGACUUGAUGAAUCCCAUGCUAGCUGAGGCAAUCACAAAGACAUCCAUGCUCACGUCUCCGGCAGCAAGGCGGCGUCUUGUUGCCAGAAAAAUGGAAAUGGAUGCCAAUGCGUACAUCAGUGGGCAUCAAGAUGACCUGGAUUAUGUUCCACCCCGCGAUCUUCUUGUCUACCUCGUCAGAAUGGGCUCAUUCAACUCAUCGCCCAAGUUCAACAACGAAGACAACCAGGACGACGAUGUGGAGAUCCCAUCGGGACUCACAACGAGUGAUCUUGUCCAUCACUGUCGCAUGAUGCGUGGCGAUCAGCGUCCACAGCUGCUCACGCGGUACUUCCUCAACCCCACAGAUCGCUCCUUUGGCCCGCAGGAUCUCACAAAUGGGAUGCGUGUCCUCAAUCUCGAUGCUGUGUCGAAGAUCUGCAGUGCCCCGGUGUCGUCACCGCAGCACAUCCGUGUCCUGCAGUGGAAUGUCCUUUCGCAGUCGCUGGGUGAGAAGAAUGAUGGCUUUGUGAAUUGCCCCGAUGAGGCACUCACGUGGGAAUGCCGGAAGUACCAAAUAGUGCAGGAGAUCAUUCAGAAUGAUCCGGAUGUGGUGUGCCUACAGGAGGUGGAUCACUUCAAGUUCCUCCAGAUGACGCUGGGUAGUCAGAACUACGAGGGGGUCUUCUUCCCGAAGCCCGACUCCCCGUGCUUGUAUGUGCAAUCCAACAAUGGUCCCGAUGGGUGUGCCAUCUUCUACAAGAAGAACAAAUUCGAUCUCGUCACGUAUGCCACGCGUGUGCUGCAGGUGUGGCGCGUGCAGAGCAACCAGGUGGCCAUUGCGGCCAUUCUGCGUGUGCGGCAGAGUGGCCGGGAGGUGUGCGUGGGCACGACACACCUGAAAGCUCGUCACAGUGCUCUCCUGUCGAAGUUGCGCAAUGAACAGGGGAAGGAUCUCAUGCGAUUCGUGGCGGAAGUGGCCGCCGGGAGGCCUGUUAUCCUCUCCGGGGACUUCAAUGCGGAACCCGUGGAGCCUGUUUACAGUACAAUCCUCAAUUAUGUGCCCCUGGGGCUGGCUAGUGCCUAUGCGGAUGCCCUCGAUGCACCCCUGUCCGCUGCGGAGACGUCACACACAGAGUGCCAUCGCGAUGGGGAUAGCCUCACGAGACCCGAGAUUUCAGCACGUCACGAACCACCCUAUACUACGUGGAAGAUCCGUGAAGAUGGUGAGGUAUGCCACACCAUUGACUAUGUCUUCUACUCCAAAGAGAAAAUGAAGGUUAACAAUUGCCUCAUGUUUCCGCAAGAUAAUGAAAUUGGAAAGGACCGCGUACCGAGCUUCCAAUACCCCUCCGACCACUUUUCCCUUGUUUGUGACUUUGAGUUCCUGGACAGCGAUGGGGCGGUGUAGGCUAUCCAUACAAAAUUAAACUUUAAUAAAUAAAAAACAAAUUAAAAGAAGAAAAGAAAGAACUUAUCCCAAAAAACAGGUGAAGGAUCUUCCAGUAUAGGCAGACAACGAGAGAUUUUUCCCUUAUGGAAAGCACUCAAAUUCUUUUCUUGGAGAUUUUCUUUUAUUUUAUUUACAAUUUGCGAAAUUAACGAGAGAAAAUGAAGGUUUAUUUUCUCUCUAAAAUUACGAACAAGAACAAAAUGGAACAAAUUUACAGGAUUUAUGUGAUUCUGAAUUAAUUCAGAACAAAAAUCUUAUUUUUUUUGCAAAAUUUUCCGUGGAAGGAAAAAUAAGGAAAUGUAAAUAAGCAAACUUUAUGGAAUUAUUUAUUAAAAAAAAAAAAAUAAUAUUAAUUAAUUAUUAUUUUGAUAUAAGAGGAGGCAGUAUCAUGUUGAAAUACACAUAAUGUGAAUUGUUGGAGAGAGAAGAAAUAAAUUAUUUUUCUAUGAAA